GGCAUAUCCAGGUAAAGGCCUCAUUCUGGACACAGGAAAGUAAUAGCAAGUGUAUUAAUGUCAGUGCAAUGGAGUUAGAUGGUGCUGCAUCAGUGAAGACCCAGUGGAGGAGCAGUGGAUCAGGAGGAUGUCGGAGCAGCAGAGCGCCCCGGAGCAGCUGGCUGCAGGGAAGAGCCAGGGUGGAGCUGGAGCCACGUAUAAGGUGGUGCUGUUUGAGUUCGAGAACUUCCAGGGCUGCAAGGCGGAGUUUUCUGCUGAGUGUAAAGAUGUGACGGAGAAGGGACUGGAGAAGGUUGGAUCUGUGAUUGUUGAGUCAGGACCCUGGGUGGGUUAUGAUCGACAUGGCUUCACAGGGGAGCAGUUUAUCUUGGAGAAGGGCGAGUAUCCACGCUGGGACACCUGGACUAACAGUCAGAACAGCUACUCCCUCUUUUCUCUAAGGCUGCUCAAAGUGGACAGUGCUGAGCAUAAGCUCCACCUGUAUGAGAACCCCGGAUAUACUGGUAGAAAGAUGGAGAUUGUCGAUGAUGAUGUGCCCAGUUUGUGGGGCCACGGUUUUCAGGAUCGUGUAGCAAGUGUCAAGGCUCUUAACGGAACAUGGGUUGGCUACAUGUACCCAGGCUACAGAGGGCGCCAGUUUAUCUUCGAGCGAGGUGAUUUCAAGCAUUGGAAUGACUGGGAGGCCCCUGCGCCUCAGAUCCAGUCUGUCCGACGUGUGAGGGACAUGCAGUGGCACAAGAGAGGCUGUUUCACCGUUCCUGACCCGGAUCCGGCUCCCGGCCCCGAACCCGACCCCGCCCCAGUACCUCCUGCCCCUCCUGCCUCAGCUGGAGCCAGCUGAGCAGUAUCCUCGCCUGCCUCCCGACCCCUCCCACAGCCUCCCGACCCCUCCCACAGCCUCCCCCACGCUGCUGACAGUGCCCGCCCUCUGCCUUAACCUAACCAUGGCAAACUGCUGCUUGUGCCCAGUGAGGGAUGCCAUGUAUGUUUCAGUGGCGAAUAAAAGUUGUUUGACCUGGAGUUGGCCCUGUUUGUUGGUCAUGUUACUGAUGAUUAUUGUUAGUCAAGGUGACUGAAACUGAAAAAGCCACAAUCAGAGAUGAUGUCGAUGUGAAAAUAGUGUCACCCACAUAUUUUCUAAGUUAGGAUGAGCUCAGUUUAUUUACACGACACAUUUACUGUUUGUGUUUCCCCUGUGAUGUCAGUAUGACAACUGUAGCAUUGGAGCACAUGACUUAGAGAAUAUGUAGACAC